AUGGCAGUGAAUGUGGAAAUUGGUUCUCAUGUUUGGGUUGAAGAUCCUGAAUUAGCUUGGAUAGAUGGAAUUGUUCUUAAUAUUAAACCAGACGAAGUUGAUGUUCAAACUAGUGAUGGCAAGAUAGUUGCUGUAAGUUUGUCGAGGAUAUAUCCGAAUGAUGUGGAAGCUCCUUCCGGUGGAGUUGAUGACAUGGCUAGGCUGCAAUAUUUACAUGAGGCGGCAGUACUCCACAAUUUGGCAACUAGAUAUGAAAUCAAUGAAAUCUACACUUAUAGUGGAGACAUUCUCGUCGCUGUCAAUCCAUUUCAAGGGCUCUCACAUUUAUAUGAUGUUAACAUGAUGGAAAGAUAUAAAGGAACCUCGAUUGGAGAACUAAGCCCUCAUGUCUUUGAAAUUGCUGAUGCUGCAUAUCGGGAAAUGAUCAAUGAGGGUAGAAGCAAUUCGAUUCUGGUCAGCGGUGAAAGUGGAGCUGGUAAGACUGAAACAACUAAAAUGCUCAUGCGCUACCUUGCAUAUCUGGGUGGCCAUUCAGGUGCUGAAGGGCGGACUGUUGAACAACAAGUUCUAGAAUCAAAUCCAGUUCUUGAAGCAUUUGGCAACGCAAAGACUGUUAAAAAUAACAAUUCUAGCCGUUUUGGGAAAUUUGUUGAGAUCCAGUUUGAUAAGCAUGGAAGAAUAUCAGGAGCAGCUAUCAGGACUUAUCUUCUAGAGAGGUCUCGUGUUUGCCAAGUUUCUGAUCCAGAGCGCAACUAUCACUGUUUUUACCUUUUAUGUGCAGCACCACAAGAGGAGAUUGAGAAGUAUAAGCUGGGAAAUCCUAAGUCUUUUCACUAUCUUAAUCAAUCCAACUGCUAUGAGCUGGUUGGUGUUGGUGAUGCCCAAGAGUAUAUUGCCACUAGGAGAGCCAUGGAUGUUGUUGGAAUAAAUGAGAGAGAGCAGGAUGCUAUUUUCAGAGUUGUGGCUGCAAUUCUUCAUCUUGGUAAUAUCAAUUUUACGAAGGAUGAAGACAUUGAUUCAGCUGUGGUAAAAGAUGAGCAAUCCCUAUUUCAUAUUCAAAUGACAGCUGAGCUUCUCAUGUGCGAUCUUCAUUCAUUGGAAGAUGCACUGUGUAAGCGUGUAAUGAUAACCCCGGAAGAAAUCAUCAAGAAAAGUCUUGAUCCUCUUGCUGCAGCAGUCAGCAGGGAUGGUUUAGCCAAGACAAUAUAUUCUCGCUUGUUUGACUGGUACGAGGGUACUUACUGGAUCAUUGUUUCAGGCUUAGUUUAUGUUCCUCUAAGGAUGCACCUAUAUCUAUUCUGUCAGCAUGUAUUCAAGAUGGAGCAAGAGGAAUAUGCAAAAGAGGAAAUUGAUUGGAGCUAUGUAGAAUUUGUUGAUAAUCAAGAUGUUCUGGAUCUUAUUGAGAAGAAACCGGGCGGGAUAAUUGCUCUCCUUGAUGAAGCAUGUAUGUUUCCGAAAUCAACUCAUGAGACAUUUGCACAAAAGCUUUACCAAACAUUCAAAGAUCAUAAGCGGUUCCUCAAGCCAAAAUUGACUCGCUCAGAUUUUACCAUUGUUCACUAUGCUGGAGAGGUUCAAUAUCAGUCUGAUCAAUUUUUAGACAAAAACAAAGACUAUGUGGUUCCCGAACAUCAAGAUUUGUUGAGUGCCUCAAAAUGCUCUUUUAUAGCAGGACUCUUUCCUCCAUUUUCAGAGGAGUCAGCCAAAUCAUCCAAGUUCUCAUCCAUUGGUUCCCGUUUUAAGAUCCAACUACAACAAUUGAUGGAUAUACUAAAUUCCACAGAGCCCCACUACAUUAGAUGUGUGAAACCAAAUAAUUUAUUACAACCUGCCACAUUUGACAAUAUCCAUGUCAUUCAACAACUACGUUCUGGUGGAGUUCUAGAGGUAAUUAGAAUCAAAUGUGCCGGUUACCCUGCUCAUAGGACCUUCUCUGAAUUCCUAAUUCGAUUUGGUAUUCUUGCACCAGAGAUUUUGAAAGGGAAUUAUGAAGAAAAGGUGGCAUGCAAAUGGAUUCUGGAAAAGAUGGAGAUGAAAGGAUAUCUGAUGGGGAAAACAAAGUUAUUUCUAAAAGCUGAACAGAUGGCCGAGUUAGAUGCAAAAAAAGCAAGAUUACUUCGUAACUCAGCAGCAGUUAUCCAAAGGCAGAUUAGAACUUGCACUACUCGUAAAGGUUACAUCGUAUUGCGGAAGUCUUCUAUUCGUAUACAAUCUCAUUGGAGAGGAAGACUGGCUCGCCAGUUAUAUAAGCACAUGCGAAAGGAGGCAGCUGCAGUCAAAAUUCAAAGGAAUUUGCGUAGACAAAUGGCCAGGAGAGCGUACACUGAUAUUAGAAUUUCAGCGCUUAUGGUGCAAACAGGUUUACGUGUGAUGGCUGCACGUAAGGAGUACAGAUUUAGAAAGCAAACCAAAGCAGCGAUUGCUAUUCAGACUUGUUGGCGCUGUUAUAGAGCCGUGUCAUACUAUAAGAAGCUGAAGAAACCAUCGGUUACUUCACAAAGCAGAUGGAGGGGAAGAACAGUCAAGAGAAAUGUUUCAAACUCAGAGGCCGCAACUAUUAUUCAGGCUUACUGGCAUGGUUAUAGUGCUGUGUCAUACUAUAAGAAGCUGAAGAAAGCAUCAGCUAUUUCUCAGUUAAGAUGGAGGGGAAGAACUUCUGGGAAGGAGCUUUCGAACAUAAAGAUGGCAGCAAGAGAAACGAUUUCAGACCAAGAAGAAGAUUAUAAACAUGAAAAACAAUUGGAGGAACUCACAUGUUUGCAGUCAGAAAAACAAUUGAGGAUGAACUUGGAAGACUCAGAAGCACAAGAAAUAAAUGUGUCACGAUUUUCUCUACAAACUUCGCAAAACAAAGUCAACGAAACAAAUUCAUUGCUUAUGGAGGAAAGCUAUGCUGCAUUGAGAACAAAUGCAGCCCAUCCAGCUGUAAUUGAGACCUCAACUCUAGUCCCAGAUACUGAAGUGCAAAAAUUGAAGGUCUUAUUGUUGUCAGAAAAACGAAGAGCUGAUAAUUUUGAAAGGGCAUAUGCAGAAGUUUGUGAAUUAAGUGAAAAAAGACGCAAAAAAUUAGAAGAAACUGAAAAAAGAGUGUAUCAACUUCAGAGCUCACUGAACAAGUAA